AUGGGAAAGUCGAAGGAAUCAACUUCGAGAUCCUCUCGCCUGUUGAAAAGACUGGAGUCUCAUAACCAAAGCCCGGCUUUACAGGACGAUAAGCUGGUCGACCAAGGCGAAGACGAAGGCCACACUGACGGCGGCAGAAGUCGUUCAAACUCGCGAGAGCCAAGGAGUCGGCGAGAUUCUCGGUCACACGAUAGAAGUAGGCAUAGGCAUAGCCACACUAGUUCUCGCCGUAGCGAGACUAGUUCUCGCCGUAGCGUGAGCCGAAAUGAGGAACGUGGCAGUAGUCGAAGGCAUAGUUCCCGCUCGAAAGACAGCGUAGAAAGGGCUCGAAGUAAGUCAGAAGAGCCACCGGCGUGGGCCAAAGAGAUUCUCGAGAACCAGCAGAAAACAGCGCAGGAUCUGUUGCGUUUGAAAACGGAGAUUUCCACGGCGAAGUUGAAAGUGUCGAAUUCCACAGCAGUUCCAAAGGUCGCUGAACCGGAAUUUCGAUAUCAAGGGAACAAAAAACAGUACGAACUAAACAAGAAUGUCACAGUCAUGAUAUGGGGGAAAUAUCCGUAG